AUGCGGUGGCGGGACCACAUGGCCGUUCUCUUCUUCCCGCAAGGCAUGGUGCUCAGUGUGGCUGCGCUGAUGCUCUUCUUAAUACACCUGGGUGUCUUUGCCAGUGACGUGCACCAUUUCUGCAUCACCCACCACUAUGAUCGCAUGAGCUUCCGCUACACAGUUGUCCUGAUGUUCUCCCAGGUUAUCAGCAUCUGCUGGGCCGCCACGGGGUCACUCUAUGCUGAGAUGACAGAUGACAAGUUUCUUCGAUGCUUUGGCCUGACCACCCUGAUGCUCAAUGGAGCCAUGUUCUUCAGCCGCCUGUCCCUGGAGUUUCUGGCCAUCCAGUACCGGGAGGAGAACCACUGAGGUCUGGGGACUGGGCUGCAAAGGGCGAAGGAAGAGGAGGCUUCUGUGUUUUAAUAAAGUCUGUCAUUUAUUUCCA